GAACUCCUCGCCGACAUAAAAGAGCCGCGUCGUCGCUUCCCUUCCAGCCUUUCAGGCUUCCACCCGCAUCUCCCCACCUUCCCCCCCGACCUCGCCGCCGCCGCCGCUCACCUCGGUGGCACCGCCGGCGAGGCAGCACCUCGCCGGACACCCACCCCCUCUCCUCGAUCUGUUUUCCUUCCCUCUCCGCCGAUCCUUGUAGCCGCAUCCGGCUGCCCUCCCACGGAACCCUAGAUCUCCGAUACCCCGCGCGCCCUCCCGCCGACGGCCACCCGAUCGGAAUGGGCCGCCAUCUCCAGUAAGGUCCAGCGACCCAGGAGUACCCGCCUCCGCCUUCGCGCGUGCGCGAGGCGCCGCCGCCAUGGCGAUCCGCAUCACCAUGUCCUACUCGGGCUACGUGGCGCAGAACCUGGCCUCGUCCUUCGGCCUGCGCUGCACCUCCGCCGCCGCCGCGGGCGCUGGCGCUGGCGCUGCACCCGGCGCGGGGUGCCGCUUCAUCCAGGACGCGUUAUCCCGCCCCUUCUGCCUCUUCGCGUCCUCCCGCCGCUCCGACUCCCACCAUGACGCCGAGGAUCACAACCACCCGAAGCCCAGCCCCAAGGCUCUGCCCCAGGCCGCCUCCGCGGGAGGUGGCCACUCGCUGUUGCUCCCGCGGUCGUCCUCCACGAAGGCACCGGUCGAUGAGCCCCCGGCGUCGUUGGCAGUGGGGCUGCUGUCGGUGUUCGCGUCCGGGAUGGGUUCGACUGGUGGCAUUGCGGGGGCCUCCUCCCUCGCGGCGUCGCCGUCAAUAUCAGCCGGAUUCAGCCCUGCCGCGCUCCUCCCGUUCCUGCAGGCGACCAAGUGGCUCCCCUGCAGUGACAUCGUCACCGCUGCCACAGCGUCCCGCAGCUCAGGACGCCCAGCAGGUGCCUCGACGGCGCCUGCAUCCCGCGCAGCAGGUGCCUCAACAGCAACUGCACCUCGCGCAGCUGCACCAUCACCGCGUCCUGCACCACGCAGAGCUGUCCCAUUGCCCGGUCCUGCACCUGUGCCGUCACCUGCUGUGGCUGCUCCUUCCAAGGUGGGCAUUCAAGCAUUGGUUGGUAGUGCCAGCAUUGCCUCAGGUUCAGCUGGGAUUGGUAGUGGCGCCAUCGCCUCCGGUGCAGCUGGGAUGGUGAGGAAGAGCGGUGCUAGUCUUGCCACUGGUGCAAGGGUGAGCAGGAGGGCCGGUUGGCUCUCAAGGUGGGUGAGCUCAUGCUCGGAUGAUGCAAAGACUGUCUUCGCUGCUGUGACUGUGCCGCUGCUCUAUAGAUCAUCCCUAGCUGAGCCGAGGUCCAUUCCAUCCAAGUCCAUGUACCCAACAUUUGAUGUUGGUGACCGAAUCCUUGCUGAGAAGGUUUCGUACAUUUUCCGAGAGCCGGAAAUUUUGGACAUUGUGAUCUUUCGUGCACCUCCAGUCCUUCAGGCAUUGGGCUACAGCUCAAGUGAUGUGUUCAUCAAGAGAGUUGUGGCUAAGGGUGGGGACAUCGUUGAAGUACGUGAUGGUAACUUGUUGGUUAAUGGAGUAGUCCAGGAUGAGGACUUUGUGCUGGAGCCGGCUGACUAUGUAAUGGAUCCACUGAGUGUGCCUGAAGGCUAUGUAUUUGUACUCGGGGACAACAGAAACAACAGCUUUGAUUCGCAUAACUGGGGACCUCUUCCAAUGAAGAGCAUCCUAGGGAGAUCUGUGCUUCGAUACUGGCCACCAUCGAAAAUAUCAGAUACAAUAUAUGAGCACGAUAUGGCGCAAUUCACUGUCGCUACCUCCUGACAUGCAUUGUGGCAAUGCUGCAUGGAAAAUCCAGCCCCAUUUUUCCUUUUUUCGGCCGAGCUUUACUGACAAGUGAUAAGCUGAGCCACAUUUUGCAUUCUUAUUUAUUAGUUGUCACCUUGCUGCAGAUGCCCAUUGGCAGCUUGGCUGACAUUAGUUUUACCCUCCUUAUGGGCAGCUGCUCUUUUGAGGGCAACAAUUCUUGUACGCUGUAGCCCUAGAAGAAACCCCCCAGAAUACAUGUUUGUAAAGGCAGAGCAUCACAUGGCAAAUUAUGUUCUGUUUUUGAGACAUGGGGAUGAUGUUCGAAACUUGUGUAAAGGAAAUAGAAAGCAUAAGAUUGCUCACUCUGUAUUAUGAGGCUCAUCAUUCGUGUAUCGGCCAGCAUGGUGCUGAGGGCGACACUAUGGUUUGAUUGAAUUCAUGUUGUAUGGUGUAAAACUUUUGCCCUGCUAGCCAUAUUAUAUUUUGGUGUUCUGGAAUUCUUGAGGUAAUUUAAA